AUGGCUGAUUACAUUGCGUCGCCGAGGGACUGGGUUAGAGAGCAGGUCGAGACUUACGAAAGCAGCGGAGGAACGCAGGGGACGACUCUGCGCGACACCGGGUUGCCCGUCAUCGUCGUGACCAACAAGGGCAACAAGACCGGCGCCAUCAGGAAGACGCCCCUGAUGCGGGUCAAGGACGGCAACAACUACGUGCUGGUAGGCUCCGUAGGCGGAGCGCCGAAAAACCCGGUGUGGGUAUACAACCUCAGGACCGACGCCAAUGUGGAGGUCCAGGACGAGGCCGAGGUCCACACCAUGCGGGUCCGGGAAGUCCCGGACGGCCCGGAGCGGACCAGGCUGUGGGAUAUCUCUGUCGAGGCCUUUCCUCCCUACGCGGAAUACCAGGGCCGCACAGCCCGCAAGAUCCCGGUGUUCCUCGCCGAGCCUGCCUAG